AUGGUCGCGCUCCGGCCGUUCCCCAUCCGCGCGCUGGCCUCGCCUUCCCCGGCUACGGCCACCAGCCUCCCCGUCGCGCUCCCGCCUUCACCCGCACCUGCCCCUGUACGCCCAGCCGCUGCUGCUCGCCGAUCCGCACGCUGCCAUGCUCGCCGCUCGCGGCCACCGACGCCGCCGCCACUGCCGCGCCGCCUCCAGUCUCGCCCCUCGCUCGCCGGCCUCACCGGCGCGGCCAGUGCCUCCCCUGGCCACACCAUGGCCAUAAUCCGGGCAAGGCGCGAAGUCCGGAUCACCGCGGGGCUACCUCCGGAUGCAGUGGAUUCGGAUGAGGAGUUGGAGAAGGACAAGGAGCAGGAGGUUGAGGAGGAUGAGCCGGAUGAGGAGGAUGUGGGGGACCCUGGCGAUGCGCAUCUGCAAGCGGAGCGGCAGACCAUCCUCGAUUCCCUCCGGUCGGAGUCCACUGCGGAGGCCAGACGCCGUCGUCGGCAGGAGAUGGACGCGCGGCAGGCCGCAGAGGAGGUGGAGAUGCUCGCCUACAUGGAUGAGGUCGAGCAAGAGGCGGAUGAGCCGGAGCCCUCCUACCCGCCCGCCCAGCCGGCGCCCGGCACCGUCGUCAUGAACAUCUCGGAUGACGAAGAGUAG